AUGGAUCUUGUUGCGGGCGUUCGCAAGGAGGGGAGCCGCGGCGGCCGCGGCGACUUCAAAUGGUCCGAUGUCAAAGAUUCUACGCAUCGCGAAAACUACCUAGGCCAUUCUCUUAUGGCUCCGGUAGGGCGCUGGCAACAGGGGAAGGAUUUGCAGUGGUAUGCUCGCGGAGAGGAUGACCCGGAUGAACAGGCUAGGAAGGAGCGAGAGGAGAGACAACGCGUCAAAGAAGCCGAGGAGGAGGCCAUGGCGCUUGCUUUGGGUCUUCCGUUGCCGUCUAGAAGCACCGAAUCAAAUGCCAAUUUGACUCCAUUAGGCGGGAAGGAUACUCAGAAUGAGGGCGCGCUGCCCCGUGAAGCAUUUUCUGAUGCCGUCACAAAAGGAAAACAUAGAUCGCGAUGA